AUGGAGAAGGGGCUGUCUCUGGGCCCUGCCCUGUUUCGUCCUUGCCUGAGGGCCAGAGGCCUGGGGGGUGACCUGGGCUCCAUCAUCUGGAAAGUACUCAGUGAGCCACAGAGGGUGUUGGAGGGCGGGAGAAAAGCGGCACAGGAAGGCGAGGGCUCCGGGCGGAUCUGGUUGGACAACGUGAAUUGUGCUGGAGGCGAGAAGAGCAUUGGGGACUGCAAACACCGGGGCUGGGGGAACAGUGACUGCAGCCACGAGGAAGAUGCAGGUGUCAUCUGUAAGGAUGAGCGUAUCCCAGGCUUCAAGGACUCCAAUGUAAUUGAGACUGAGCAGAGCCAGGGGGAGGAGGUUCGUCUGCGGCCAGUGGUGUCCGGGGCCCGGAGGCUCCUGCCGGUGACCGAGGGCAUUGUGGAGCUGCGCUACAAGGAUGGCUGGGCACAGAUCUGUGACCAGGGCUGGGACAGCCGCAACAGCCGCGUUGUCUGUGGCAUGAUGGGCUUCCCUGCAGAGAAGAAGGUCAACAGGAACUUCUACAAGCAGCUGAAAUGCGCAGCCAGGAGGAAGGGCUGGAGCCCCAGGCUGGGCCACAGGCUGGCCUCCAAAUCUCAGCCUAAACAAAAGCGCAGGGAGGACGUAGGGUCUAAGAAGAGGUAAAUGGCUCCAGACCAGCUGAUGGGGCAGAAGGUGGGGACAGAGUCCUGUCCCUGCACAUCCUGGGAGUCACAGCUGGCAACCUCUGUCCUGCACUGUGGCGUGCCAGGCUGUGCUGUCCCACGCCAUACUGUCCCACGUCCCCUGCCAUGUGUCCCAUGUCCCCACCACGUGUCCCACAUCCCCCGCCAUGCCCUGACCCGCUCCCUGCAGGCGCGGAUCCGGCUGAAGGGGGGUGCAAAGGUGGGUGAGGGACGUGUCGAGGUGCUCAGGAGCAGCGAGUGGGGCACGAUCUGCGACGACCGCUGGAACCUGCAGUCAGCCAGCGUGGUGUGCCGGGAGCUGGGCUUUGGCAGCGCCAAGGAGGCCCUGACCGGGGCACGCAUGGGACAAGGGACAGGACCUAUCCACUUGAAUGAGGUGCAGUGCCUGGGCACAGAGAAGUCCCUCUGGAGCUGCCCCUACAGGAACAUCACACGGGAGGACUGCAAGCACACGGAGGACGCGGCUGUCCGUUGCAACAUCCCCUACAUGGGCUACGAGAACCUGGUGGGCACCGUAGAGGCUGCUGGCAUUAGGGGGCACAGUGCCUGGGGGCUCCUGGUGUUGGGGACCCUGGAGUGGGGCACGGUGUGCAGCGAUGGCUGGACCACCAAGGAGGCCAUGGUGGCCUGUCGCCAGCUGGGGCUGGGCUACUCCCUGCACGCAGUGACGGAGACGUGGUACUGGGACGCCAGCAACGUGACAGAGAUGGUGCUGAGCGGGGUGAAGUGUGCUGGCCAUGAGAUGUCCCUGAACCACUGUCAGCACCAUGGCACGAGCCUCAACUGCAGGAAGACGGGCACACGCUUUGCUGCUGGAGUCAUCUGCUCCGAGACUGCCUCCGACCUGCUGCUGCACGCCCCGCUAGUGCAGGAGACAGCGUACAUCGAGGACCGGCCGCUGCACAUGCUGUACUGUGCUGCCGAGGAGAACUGCCUCUCCAGCUCGGCCCGCCUGGCCAACUGGCCCUACGGGCACCGCCGCCUGCUCCGUUUCUCCUCCCAGAUCCACAACAACGGCCGCGCCGACUUCCGCCCCAAGGCUGGCCGGCACUCCUGGGUCUGGCAUGAGUGCCACCGGCACUACCACAGCAUGGACGUCUUCACCCACUAUGACAUCUUGACCCCCAAUGGCACCAAGGUGGCAGAGGGACACAAGGCCAGCUUCUGCCUCGAGGACACUGAGUGUGAGGAAGACGUGGCCAAGCGGUAUGAGUGUGCCAACUUUGGGGAGCAGGGCAGCACUGUGGGCUGCUGGGACCUGUACCGGCACGACAUCGCCUGCCAGUGGAUCGACAUCACUGAUGUCAAACCAGGCAACUACAUCCUGCAGGUCGUGAUCAACCCCAACUUUGAGGUGGCAGAGAGCGACUUCACCAGCAACGCCAUGAAAUGCAACUGCAAGUACGACGGGCACCGCAUCUGGGUGCACAGCUGCCACAUCGGUAACAGCCCCGGGGAGCAGGAGGCCGGGGACGCGGGGCAGGGGGUGUCCUGGCUGGGGUGGCCCAGGAGGAGGGCACUGGGGCUGGGGGCAGGCUGUGGCACUGGGAGUGGGCUGGCAUGGGGAGGCAGGGGCAGCCGCGGGGGACACAGGGGACGUGCCAGAGCCAACAGCUAUCACCUCUGCCCGCUCAGGUGA